UAUUAACUAAGAUAAAGACUUUGUUUGGCAAGUUUCUUCAUAUCCUAGUGUGAGCAAACUAACAGAAUGGGGAAAAUGGAAUCAAGUCUUGUUUUUUUAUGUCUCUGGAUAUGCUUCAUUGUUUAUGCAUCUACAUCAAAUGGUUGCACUGAGAUCCCAGUGGUAGAGAAUGCAGAAGUUGCUGAAACCUCAAAAAAACCCCACUACUCUGAAGGAGAUACACUUGACUACAUUUGCGGACUUGGCUAUGCCUCUCUGAUAAAAAUCAUCUAUAAGUGCAACAAUAAUAAAUGGACUAAAUGGCGUGGUGAAAAAUGUUCACUCAAACGCUGUGAGUCACCCGAAGAUAUUCCAAAUGGUCGUUACAUUAUUGAAAGAGGUAGCGGUUUUGUUUUUGGAACAGUCAUCAAGUAUAUCUGCAAUGAUGGCUUCCAGAUAAUGAGUCGAUUUGACACCAGAACAUGUCGGGAUGGUGGAUGGGACAAUCAAUUACCUGCAUGUGAAGAGGUAUCAUGUGAACGAAAAACAGCAGAGGGAAACAUCAGAGUGGAGGGACUCCCUAACGACCCUGAGGACUUCAUACGAUAUGGACAAAGGUUGACAUUUUCAUGUCUUGGUGAAGGACUGAUUUUACGAGGACCGAAAGAAAUCACUUGCCUGUCAAAUGGAGAAUGGAGCAGCCCAUUUCCUAAAUGUGUUGAAGUUACCUGUGAGGGGGAACAACUCAUCAAUGUUGACAUUUUAACUGGACAUCCAGGUAUCAUUUCACCUUAUAAACCUGGACAUGUUUUAGUUUUUCGCUGCACUGAUGUGGACCUGAAGAUGCAAGGACAACGAGUAAUUGAAUGCCUGUCAAAUGGAAAAUGGGAUCAGCCAUAUCCGAAAUGUGAAGCUGCAGAAGUUACCUGUGAGGGGGAACAACUCAUCGGUGUUGACAUUUUAACUGGACAUCCAGGUAUUGCUCCACCUUAUAAACGUGGACAUGUUUUAGUUUUUCGCUGCACUGAUGUGACCCUGAAGAUGCAAGGACAACGAGUAAUUGAAUGCCUGCCAAAUGGAAAAUGGGAUCAGCCAUAUCCAAAAUGUGAAGAGAUUAAAUGUGAAGCUCCACGUGACCAGCAUGUCUAUAGUCCAUCCCAAUACUUCAGAGGAGAUAUGAAACUAGGAGCAAGAAGAUCUUACCGCUGUGAGUCUGGGUAUGAGAAAAUGGCAGAAGAGGCCACAUGUACACGAGACGGAUGGACACCAAAACCACUGUGUGCUAAGAGUGGAUGUGAAGCUCCACGUGACCAGCAUGUCUAUAGGUCAUACGAAUACUUCAGAGGAGAUAUGAAACUAGGAUCAAAACAAUAUUACUCUUGUGAGUCUGGGUAUGAGAAAAUGGCAGAAGACGCCACAUGUACACGAGACGGAUGGACACCAAAUCCACUGUGUGCUAAGAGUGGAUGUGAAGCUCCACGUGACCAGCAUGUCUAUAGUCCAUCCCAAUACUUCAGAGGAGAUAUGAAACUAGGUGCAAGAAGAUCUUACCGCUGUGAGUCUGGGUAUGACAAAAUGGCAGAAGAGGCCACAUGUACACGAGACGGAUGGACACCAAAACCACUGUGUGCUAAGAGUGGAUGUGAAGCUCCACGUGACCAGCAUAUCUAUAGGUCAUACGAUUACUUCAGAGGAGAUAUGAAACUAGGAUCAAAACAAUAUUACUCUUGUGAGUCUGGGUAUGAGAAAAUGGCAGAAGGCGCCACAUGUACACGAGACGGAUGGACACCAAAUCCACUGUGUGCUAAGAGUGGAUGUGAAGCUCCACGUGACCAGCAUGUCUAUAGUCCAUCCCAAUACUUCAGAGGAGAUAUGAAACUAGGUGCAAGAAGAUCUUACCGCUGUGAGUCUGGGUAUGACAAAAUGGCAGAAGAGGCCACAUGUACACGAGACGGAUGGACACCAAAACCACUGUGUGCUAAGAGUGGAUGUGAAGCUCCACGUGACCAGCAUAUCUAUAGGUCAUACGAUUACUUCAGAGGAGAUAUGAAACUAGGAUCAAAACAAUAUUACUCUUGUGAGUCUGGGUAUGAGAAAAUGGCAGAAGAGGCCACAUGUACACGAGACGGAUGGACACCAAAUCCACUGUGUGCUGUGAUGACAGUCUCAGCGAAAUGUGGGCCACCGCCACGAGUGAACGAUGCAGAUACAGUAGAAAUGACAAAAAAGGAAUACAAUACAGGGGAGAGAGUUGAAUACAUCUGCUUUAACAAAUACAUAUUGGAUCAGCGUCACUCUUUCACCAAAUACUUGACUUGUCAGCAAGGCCAGUGGAGAGGAAAUGUUAAGUGUUUAAAGCCCUGUACAGUGACGAAGGAGUUAAUGGCUGAAAGGGGUAUAGAUUUGGCCUAUGUUAAUAAACAAAAGAUGUUUGCACCACAUAAUGAUCACAUCACCUUCGCGUGUCUGUGGGGCAAAGUUUCAGUAGGUAUUACUGACUUCAGACAAAAGUGUAAUGAUGGAGAGAUGACUUUGCCUGAAUGUCUUAAAAUGAAAUAUUAUGAGAUAUUUCUCUUUCUUCUAUUAAUGAUCAUGGCUGUCUCAACAAAUGCUCAAGAAGUUACCUGUGAGGGGGAACAACUCAUCGGUGUUGACAUUUUAACUGGACAUCCAGGUAUCGUUUCACCUUAUAAACCUGGACAUGUUUUAGUUUUUCGCUGCACUGAUGUGGACCUGAAGAUGCAAGGACAACGAACGAUUGAAUGCCUGUCAAAUGGAAAAUGGGAUCAGCCAUAUCCGAAAUGUGAAGAAGUUACCUGUGAGGGGGAACAACUCAUCAAUGUUGACAUUUUAACUGGACAUCCAGAGAUUAAAUGUGAAGCUCCACGUGACCAGCAUGUCUAUAGUCCAUCCCAAUACUUCAGAGGAGAUAUGAAACUAGGAGCAAGAAGAUCUUACCGCUGUGAGUCUGGGUAUGAGAAAAUGGCAGCAGAGGCCACAUGUACACGAGACGGAUGGACACCAAAACCACUGUGUGCUGUGAUGACAGUCUCAGCGAAAUGUGGGCCACCGCCACGAGUGAACAAUGCAGAUACAGCAGAAAUGAUAAAAAGGGAAUACAAUACAGGGGAGAGAGUUGAAUAUGUUUGCUUUAACAAAUACAUAUUGGAUCAGCGUCACUCUUUCACCAAAUACUUGACCUGUCAGCAAGGCCAGUGGAGAGGAAAUAUUAAGUGUUUAAAGCCCUGUACAGUGACGAAGGAGUUAAUGGCUGAAAGGGGUAUAGAUUUGGCCUAUGUUAAUAAACAAAAGAUGUUUGCACCACAUAAUGAUCACAUCACCUUCGCGUGUCUGUGGGGCAAAGUUUCAGUAGGUAUUACUGACUUCAGACAAAAGUGUAAUGAUGGAGAGAUGACUUUGCCUGAAUGUGUGUAACAGUGGAAAUAAAACAUAGAUGAAGCAUCAGCUGUACUAUUAAGCAAAAAACAAAUGAGCAGAUCAAAAUAAAUCUAUCCCAAAUCAA